CUUCUUUGACUUUGAAAUUGCCAGUUUUGUCUGAUGUGAUGCUUCAUUCUAUAAUCUCAGCCUUUGAGAGGUAGAGGCAGGAGGAUCAGGCUCCUCUGGGUGACAUGAGGUCCUGUCCACAGAGUCCAGUUUCCCCACUGUUCCCCUGCACUGCCCAGCCCUUCCUUGCCUCCCCGACCUCAUCCCACGGGGCCAGAAUCUGACAUAGGUCCUUGUUGAUCCCUGUAACAACAGCAGUUGUAGUCCUCCAUUUCCCUCCCAUUCCAUCCAACAUUCAGGCCAGAAAGCCGGCCUGUUGCAGGUGUCUUCAUUACCACUCAGAUCCGGGGCCCCAAGCCUGGGAGCCAGCCUGCUUCCUGUUCCCAAGCCUUCCCAGGCACGGCUCUCCCAGAUCAGCUCCUGUUACCAAGUGUGUGACCAGAACUGAUAGCACUGCCCCCUCCCUGCCUCGCCAGAAAAGCGUCAGGGACUGAGGAGCCUCCCAGGACAGGAGGGCCUCCUCCCAGCAGCACCAGUCAGGAAGCAUCACCAUAGCAACCCUAGCAGCAAACAAUGGUACCAGAAAGGGCUUUCCUCCAAAGCCGCCUCUCCUGGCUCUGUGGCUCAGAGGAAGAAUGGCCAACAGCCUGAAGAAAACAUCCCUCCAAAAGCCAGGCCUGAGCCAUGUGUCUCACACCAGGGAGCCUUUCCUGAAGAUGAUCCAUGCCAAAGAAGCUUUCCCAACCUAUCAGACUUGGACUCAGCGUGAGUUCCUCCUCCCCAAAGAGACCAAGGAGUUCCCGGGCUUCACCCUGCAAGGCUACCACAAGCUGGCCCUGAAGCAGCCACCAUGCACAGAGACAAAGUCUAAGGUGCGUCACCAGGUACUCCAUCCCUGGAAGGAUGCAGCCCAGCACACCUGGGGCUUUCACACUUGGCUGGAUGUGGGGCGUUUGCCUGCUACCUUCCCCACCAGACCAGACGUACCCUAUGACAGCAAUGUCUGGCGCUAUCUGACUCACUCCAAUGCCCACCACCUCCCUGCUGCACAGCCCGGCAUCCCUCCACCCUCCUGGAUGGGCCCCCACAGCUUCCUGUCCUUCAUCAGUGCGACCCCCAUCUUCGUGGACUUGAAGAGAAGGAAGCAGAUAAUUGUGAGAACAGCGAGGGAGCUGAAGGAAGUGGAGAAACUCAAACUGAGGAGCGAACUAAGAGCCCCUCCGCUCGACACCGAUGGCAAUAUCCUACCUCCGCCAAACUUCAAGAAGUCCCAGUACAUUUCUAGUGGUGGAAGGCUUGUUCCUUGGGGCCUCCAGUUCCUACCCAACCCAAUUCCCAAUAAUUCCUGCAAGAAAUGGCCCUGUCCAAAUCUUCAGCCUCAUUACCAGGAAAAGGCCCUGAAACUGGUUCGGCUGCCCACCGUUCCCCUGAAUGAAGACCUUCUGAAGGACUACCAAACCCUGAUUAAAGACCGGCUUGCCAUACCCGUCCACUACCUCUCCAAGGCGCAACCUGCUAAACCAUCAGAGGGAAGGAAGAGAAGGAGACAUGGAAAUGUCUAAAAGAGGAGACCAUCGUGGGUCUUAGGGUUUGCAGCCUAGCCUUCUUCAGCAAGAGACCCCAGGAGACUGAGAACUCUGAGCCUACAGAAUAGGCUUUUGACCAUCCUCCAGCCUCAUGCCACCUCUGUAUCAGGCUUCUGGAGACAUUACUGAAGCUCUGAAUUGUUCUGUGUUUUUCUUGGAAGACUAGUUGUAGUGUGGGGGCAUUGGGGCAGGGAGAGAGGGGAGGAUGGCUAGAAUACCCGUAGGUUCCAGCUCUUAAGGAUAGAGCGGUGAGGGGUGUGUGGGGUGGGGGCAUGGUAAGAAAUGUGAGCAGAGAAUUGCAGGCUGCGGCUAUAGCUCAGGAGUAGAGCACUUGUCUAGAAGGGUGAAGUCCUAAGUUAAUGUCAUACACACACACACACACACACACACACACACACACGAAGUUGUCUCUAUUCUCAGAACACAUUCACAAUGAUUCUGUGAUUGGUUAGGACUCAGUCAAUGUCUCAGGCAAAAAUUUAACCUCAUUGCCAUCUCCUCCUUGUACUAUCAGAUACCUGGACUGAGACCAGACACAACUGUUUGGGUCGUUCUAAUGUUGCUCUGCUCUGUUCCCCUGCAGAACUUGAUGGCAGAUGGUGCUGGAGACAGGAGAAUCAGGCCUGAGGAAGGGAGUCAUUUCUCAGCAGGGCAAGAGUGGAAUGAAAGAGAUAUUCGAGGUGAAAGGUGUAGGGGUCACAGAGUCCUUGUGCUCACUGUUAAGCCCUAGAAAUGUUAAACACACAGGGCUGUCUCUUCAAAGCAAGAGAUGUAUAAUCUGUUUUCUGCCCAGAAGGCUGUUUAACAGCCUUGUGCCCUUUGCACUGAUCUGUGUGGUUGAGACCACACCAGAUCCUCCCUUAGACCCUUAGGGCGAGCCUGUUUUUCUCAGAUAAUCUAUAGGAUUGUUACAUCUUUAUAGACAACAUUACUUGUCCUUUACAAAGUUUUGAUGCUAUCAUGUCUUAAGUUUUGUUGUGUACACAGGAUCCAGUUAAUUUUCACCAGAAAAUUCUUCGCCCAAUUGUGCUGUGAUUAAAUAUGCUUAGGCAUAUUUAAUUUAAUUUGGCAUAUUAGAUUAAACUACUUGGGGACAGACUCCCAACGUUUGAACCAACACCUGCUACUGUGUCGUGUUGAACCAAACUGACUUCCUGCCCUUCAGAAAGCAUC